UGCUCCCCUCACGAGCGCGCCUCCUCCCAUCCAUCAUGGACCUGCUUGUCUUAUGCUCCUCUGUGCUGGCGUUUUCGUGGCUUGCGGUUGCUACUAUUGCCUGUCAUCAGCCCUCUUGAAUGUCGCCCGGAUCUAACACGAAACUGGCAUCGACCUCCAGACAGCAGGAUAGGCAGCGGCUCGAGUGCAUGGGUUAACACGUCCUACGUCAACAAUAUAGGGUGGUGAGCUCUCGCAUCGAUAGCUGGAAGAAACAACAAUGCCGCCUUUGACCACGGUGAUAGCGAUAGCCGUCAGCUGCUCCGUCAUCUUCAUUGUUUCAGCGAUAGUUGGCACGGUCAUUUGGAUCAGAGUCCGUCAGGAUCGCUUGUCGUUGGCUGUGGCCAACGCGAAGCAUAAUGGAUAUGCUCUGCAGCAGUAUCAUGGCGAGACGUUGACGGAACUAUCACGCGAAGAGGGCACCGCGUUACGACAGUAUGGGCAGCUUCCAUACGGAAAGCCGUCCGAAUGGGGAGUGCUCUCGUCUCGAGAGAGUCUAAUUCAAUCUCCGAUAGAGUCCGACACGUCGUCUCCUUUGGAGGAGAAGGCCCGUGAUGUGCGCCGUUCACUCACUCGGUCCCUUUCCAGCCGAUCAGCGCGACUGUCAAGACACCUCCUAGGGUCCCAGCGUCUCAGUUCAUUGUCCCCGCUGACAGAGCGAUCCGAGAAACGCCAGUCCGCUUCGCCGACCGUCUCUGGCAUCGAUGACGGUGUGACCAACUCCGCUGUCGAGGGGGCAUUCGAGUUGGCAACGGAGACCACCCCCAGACAUACUCCCGACCGGGAAGAGGAGCAGAUCCGAGCGAAUUUGACCAUGCGGCCAGUUUCGGGAGCCGGAGCAUGGCCAUUGAUGCACCAGAAGGAGCGGUCUGGCAGUCUGUAUCCGCUCAUGGAGGAUAAGCCAGACGGUCCACCCUAUAGUAGUAGUGGGCUCCGAGGAGGAAGCAUCACUACUCAGUCGUCCGGAGCUGCCCCCGAGCAGCCGGUCCCUCCGCCGCCAUGUGCCUAUCCCCCAAAUCGCUUUCGUCUUUCGAAGAAUGACUCAACCUGUCUUUCAUCACUAAGUCUCGAAACCGCCGACAGCUCCAUUCUCGACGAUAGCCGCCGGACGUCGACCAAUGUGGAUAGCACGUUUACCUCGCCAGCGUUACCCCCAUGUCCCACGUUCGCCCCGUUUGAUGCCAACGAUGUCGGGCGGAUGGAAUACGAUCGAAGAGCCUUUGCCCCGCCUGGCCCAGUCGUGCCAUCUCCAUUUGUUUUCCCUGCAAGUUCGAGCGCCAUGUGGGAGGGACAAAGGCUCGAACCGGACCGCACCUCUCCUCGUCGGAGCAUGACCACGCGGAGCCCGACCCAUUCGAUGGAACGUAUCAGCCCAACGCCGCGACGGAGCGAGUCUCUCUCUGAAACCAAGUCCAGAAGGGACUCAUCUCUGUGGGUGAAACCUCUGGAUCUGAGCCGGCCCCCUUCGCUCAACCCUAUCGGAUCGAAUGGAGGCUUGUUGCCGCACUUCAGCCAGAUGCAGCGGCAUACCAUGCAUGGUGACCAGCGACGAGAUCUCGAUCCUUUCUACAGUGCGACGGGAAAUGCCGCCACGGCCAACGACCAUAUCUCCCGACCGAGGCCCGCCAGUGCGGGGAUUCAGGAAGCUCCUCUGCAGGGCCCGACUGGCCAUUUAAAACCACCUCUGCCUUCUGCACUCAAGGGUGGCAGCGGUACGCGUAAAGGCCACCGACGGCAGAACUGUGUCCGGAUCUCGAUCCAUCCACCCAUCACCUUCGGGGGCUCUGUUUUCUCCCCAAUGGCCGAGGAGCCAGAGCUCGAGGGGUUUGAUGCGAGCCGGAGACAGCUCUCCAAUGUAUCUACGCCUCAGAUAUCAUUUCGCUCCAGUGUUUCCAGCCUUUGCAUGGACAGAACCGCGCAUCCGGAUCUUCACAAGGAACAUCCACGAAUUACGGAGAUACCCGAUGAGCCGUCGCGCAACUCGCAGGUGGGACCGCCGAAGCGAAGAUCGAAUCUGCCCGCCGACGCCACAGAUAGCACUCUGCAUAUCAUGGACCUCGAGAAGUCAUUGCCGGAGAUCAUCACGACCCUACCGCCCCCCAAGAUUGAUACCACUUUGUCGAGUACGCCGUCUCCGGAGAAGAACAGCCCGGUUUGGAUGAUUCCGAACUACAACAGCUCGCCGACGGGGUUUGAGAACUCUUCAAACCCUGGCAGCCCCCGUCGGUCUGCCGUUAAAGGGCCUCGUCACCCACCGCCGAAGUCGGCAGCACGCAACAGCUACCGCUCGUUGAAUACGCUUGAGGAUACUGUCAAGACGCCAUUAAGCCCAUCCACGCGUCCCCAGCGCCCUCAAAACCUGAGGAAGGAGCCACGAAGUGUAGCUGAACCAUCUCCGCGAACCAAACAUCUAGUAGGCCCACGGAACCAGGGUCCUCAUGGGCAUCCCGGUCGAAAUGACGCGCCGUCGACCAGACAGACGCCGGGACAUCACCGGCGCUCAUCGUCUGGCGUGUCAAAGCCGCCGCUCGCGAACGGUGGGAUCAUCGUCCCCAUUUGGGAAGACAAGGCUUCGGGACGUAAAGGGGCACGCCAGUCUUCAGUCGCGACCAGCGAGUCAUCUGGGAGUCAAGGCAAGCCACCACGGGCCAAGUGCCAUGGGCCGGCGGACAAAUCGCCAGGAAACCCAAACUACGCUGCCCGACAAGGGUUUCGCACUCCGACGAAAAAGCCAGUUGGGUUGGGGAUAGGCGCUGCGACACCGGCGAGCUUGUAUGAUGGUGAUGGGUUUCUGAAGGAGUAGGCUGUGCUGUUCCGGAGUGGUCCGGUGUUCGUUUCUUUCUCCUUUGCUUGGUUAGCAUGCGGGCGUGUCUACUAUUCACUGUAAAGAUAAGCGUAGGUAGGGUAAUUCAAAAUAAUGUAAUCUUGGCGAGACCUCAACCAAUCA